GAUUCAUCAGGUGGAACCGGAAGUUCAGGCGGCACUGGAACCGGAGGCACGACGGGCAGCGGCGGCGCCAGUGGCGGCGGCUCAACGCGGAAAAAGCGGCGCGGGAUAAUCGAAAAGCGGCGGCGAGACAGGAUCAACAACAGCUUGGCGGAAUUGCGACGCCUCGUCCCGGCCGCCUUUGAGAAGCAGGGCUCUGCCAAACUGGAAAAGGCGGAAAUUCUGCAAAUGACCGUCGACCAUCUCAAAAUGCUUCAUGCCAAGGGACUGGACGCACUGGCAUACGACCCACACAAACUGGCCAUAGAUUACCACAGCGUCGGGUUCCGAGAGUGCAUGGCAGAGACAUCUAGGUACCUGAUUGCGCAAGAAGGCAUGGACAUCCAGGACCCGCUCCGCCUCCGCUUGAUGUCGCACCUGCAGUGCUUCUCAGCGCAACGCGACCUGGCCAACAAAUCCGCUUCGUGCUACAAAUAA